UGCCAUUGUAUUGGGCGCUACCACUUUUCACGUUAGGUGUCCAGCUGGUGCAAAUUUUAGAAUGCCAGCGGUGUUGAAUGUUUCCGUCUUUCUCUUCAUCUUGUACUUUCUAGACCACGCUGUCGGUCUCGGGGACCUUAUUUAUGCCGUGAACUGCGGGGGACCGAGACACGUUGAUUCUUACGGGCUGGAGUACGACGCCGACCCGUUGGAAGGUAGGAUUGGGGUAGCGUCAGACUAUGGCCGCCGGGACAGAAUCGGCCGAGUAACCGAGCAAGACCAGCUCCUGUAUCAGACGGAAAGGUGGAGCGAAGACACGUUCGGAUACGAGGUGCCUAUCGAACAGGAGGGAGACUAUGUGCUGGUGCUGAAAUUCGCCGAAGUGUACUUCUCUGCGUCCAACAUGAAGGUAUUUGAUGUGGUGUUGAACAGCCAGCACACAGUGGUACAGGAGCUGGACAUCUACGACAAAGUUGGGCGCAGCACGGCUCACGACGAAAUCAUUCCGUUCACUGUCAGGAAAGGGAAGCUGAUGGUCCAGGGGGAAGUCUCCACAUUCCAUGGGGUGCUCGCUGUGGAUCUCAUCAAGGGGCUGCAUGACAACCCAAAGCUGUGUGCUUUGUAUGUAGUAAGAGGAUCAGCAGAUGAUGUCCCCAAGUUACCCCCCAUCCCGGGAAUGGAGCCAGAUGAAGAGGAGGAACUGUCCAGGGAAAAACCUGACAAGGAGCGGAGAACAUCAGGACCAAAAACACCCAAUCCGUACGACAGUGACGAAAGUAGCACCAUGUUCCCCAUCCUCAUGGCCAUCGGAGUGUUCCUCCCUACCUUGUUUUGUCUGUGCAGGUUAUGACAGGCCCCACAGACGGCUCUUCAUGUGAUGUAUAUUUCAUAUUGUACCACUGUGCAACUGUGUAUCAAACAUACAUGUACGUACUGGUAGGGACCUACCAAACAUGAUAAUGUAGAUGAAAUUCGUGUGGAAAUUUUAUUGAGUAGCUAAGGUGUUCCAUACUUAGAAUAGUACUGCUGCAUUAAGACUUUAUUUUCAGACUGACCCAUUCCAGAGAAGAGCAUGAUUCUGCUUCUUCACCCCUUAACUUAAGUUCAGAUGUAAUGGGAUCUGUAGAUGUCAUGGCAAUUUGUUCUGCUGCUUUCAGGAACUGAAAGUGGGACAGACAAAGAUGAUUUUAUGACCAUGAUGAAAUUUGGAAUAAUGAGAAUCAUGUCGAGACAAGCAUAUUUUGACUUUCUAAGGUUCUGCACUAAGCUUAAGGCUGCCUUCAAUAGAUUCUUAUUAACAUCUCUCAAUAAUGCCAUUUUUUCUCAACCUGAGGUUGGUCUAAGCUGCAGUCUGCUAUAGUUGAAGAGAAGAAACAAAGUCUGAAUCUACUGAAGGAACAUUCCAGGAAUGUGAUUGAAACAGACAGAAGUUGUAGUGUACAUGUACAUGGGGUGUAUCAUCCCAGCUCUAACCACAGCUCCUGUCAGCCAGCUAACUCUGUAGCAACAAGUGUGGAUUGUGGAGAUGAAGUCAAGGUUAGACAACACAUGAUUUGUCCCCCCCCCCUCCCCCCUACCAUUUACCAAUAUAGUCUGGGUGGGGGCUUGAAAAGGUUGUAGUCAUUCUUCUGUGCACAACAGACAGGUAGAAUUUAGUAACUAGGGGUGGCCAUGGGUAGCAGUACAACACCGUUUUUCUUCCUUGGCCGGUCUGAAAAAAGUGGACCAGAUUUUGGACCAAUUAAAAAAUGAACACAUUAUAUUGAGAGGUGGCCACACAUUUUCGGGCUUACUCGUCCAAGAAAAUAACGAGUGAAGUAGAGUUUACAUGUAUAACGUUAGUCAUUUCUACAGGGACACAUACAGAAGCAGUUAGCGUUGUCUACAUGAAUAUAGCGUCUGAAAAGUGGAAGUCGUAAUGGACCCUUGAUUUUUUUAGUAUAACCCAUUCAGAAAUUUUCACACAUAAUCAGGUCCUGGUUCAGGUCCAGACCUGUACCUGAUCCUCUGGACCUGACCCUAGUCCUGUACCAGUACCCACCCCUAGUGGAAACUGUGCUGACUGGUAGAGGGAGACGUCUUGAGUUGGGUUGCAAUGUUUUUGUGGUCGGCAUGAAUUGGUGGCAUUAUGAUGACAUCCACUGGGUGUCAUAUAAGAGUGGCUUUGAAAGAGAACAAGCAGGCAAAUUAGGGGAUAAAAGGAUUUUCUGUAAAACUACAAGGGGUUGGCCUCCAUCACAGACAUCUAGGAUUGCCAAUGUUUGAUUUUCUUGGGUGGCAAAACUCCCUCUCCCUGCAUUGGAGAACCCUGGCCCAUGUUGAAAAUCAUGACUCAGCCCCCCCCCCCCCCCCCCCGUCUGCAGGAGCCUAAACUAAAAAUGGGUAUUACCAUCCUGUCCAAACCCUGAGGAAUGUAUCCAAGGAGUAGAUAAAUGUCUUUGAAGUACUGUUCAAGAGACCUAUUUUCCACUGCUGCUUGUAGAGUGUUACAUUGUCUGCUCAUCACGUGUAGAUGUUCUUCUUUAGGCCUGUGUGAAGUUGUAAUAAUUCUACAUGUCUGACUGAACUACAAGUAUUGACAAUGAAAUGGAUUGUAGACUGGAUUUCAGGUGUACAAGAUACAAUAUUAU